CCGGCCUCGGAUAAAGCGGAUGAAGAUGGAUGGAUGGAUGGAUAUUUGACUACCUCCUGUACUUGUACCUCUGUGUCCUCAAUGAGUGUUUUGGACACCUCAUCAUGCAUCAAUUAAGAUGUGAAUUGACAUCAUUAAACAGGUUCUGUCAGGGAGGCUGUGUAUCAGGCAGGAGUUGGAUCCAAGAUGCAGGAUUCAAAGGACAGAAAGUAAACUAAAAAGCAGCUUUAAUGCUGAGCCUGAACAAAGCACACAACAUCAAAGACUAGAAACGAGGAAACCGAAGCUACAAAUCUUCUAAGAAACCACACUGGCAGGGAGGACACAGCCAUGAGGAAGAAUGUGACAAGGGUCAAGGAAAUACUGAGACAAUACAUAUAAACACAGAGGAUAACGAGGGAACAGCCAACAGGUGGGGAAACAGCUGAAACUAAUUACAGGUUACAAGACAGGGGAAAUAGAGCUAAAUACAAAGCAGAAGAGAUGUGAGACCGCCAAAAUAAAACAGGAAGAAACAGUGCACGGGAACUGAAACACAGAUAAGACAGAAGGCUAAACAACCACAGAGACAGACUAUCUUCACAAAAAUGCAUGGGGAGCACAGGAGGAGUAUGAUUACAGAAAAAACAUAGAAUACAAGCAAAGUAGAACCAAGAUAACAAAACUAAGAAGACGUGAGGAUACAAAUAGUAAAAAACAAAGGAAUUACAGCUAUAAUGAGAACCAAAACCUGGAAUAACCAUCUCAAACUCAGUAUAUCCAAUAAAUAAGAAUUCAAAAGUCCAAACACAGAAGAUACUGGGUCAAAGACCCAGGAUUAUGACCACUUCUGAGUUUUUCCAAGGAUACCCUAGUAAGCUGUACAGGAGAUCAGCCUCACUGAUUUCUGAUAAACACUCAGUCUUUUUGUUCUGGAAGAAGAGGUUUGUGACAGAUGAAAAUAAGUUGUAGCAUAUGAAUGGUCUCGUUUUACCUACAUUUUGAUACCAGGCUCGUCUUCUAGCAGUGAUGCCUUCUAUGUAAAAACGUUUUUUUAAUAUGCCCAUGUAACUGGCUUAUGGGGUGGCUAUGAAAUAGAGAAAUAACACUGGUGUCCAUAUUAUGUUGCUCAAACAACUUUAAGUCAUGAAGAAAUUUCUUAGGCUCAGUGCAGUCUUUGCAAUUUGUUGCUUCAUUGCCUGUUCAGCUUGUGACAAUUUUAGUUUCCGAUAAUGCAAUUCAAUUCACCAAAUCAAAAACAGUCGCCUGAAUGCUUUGUAUUGUAAGGUAAAGACCCUACAAUAAAACAGAGAAAACCUCAACAGUCAAAUAACCCCCUUUGACAUAGAUCCGAUGUUUCAUUUUACUCAAUGAGCACAAUGGGCUCUUUUGCAUGGUCAAAGUGCUGUAUGCAUAAACUGUUUAUGACUAGGCUAAAGCGAGACUUCCUCUUAUGUAGUAGCGUUUGACCAGUGAGUGCACAUUCCAAACAUAGAUUCUUUCUCAAUACAUACAGUAACAUCACUUUGCAAAUGUAAGUGUUUGUCAGUGUGUGUGUGUUUAUGUGUUGAUGUGUGAUUACACUAUGCCACCAUAAGUGGAGAUUAAAAUGUGCAUCUGCACUGCAAUGUAUGUUUGCGUGCGUAUGCAAAUAUUAUGCAUGCUUGUAAUGAGUAUCUGUGUUAGUGUUUGCUUAGUGUGGCUGCCCAUGUUUCCCUGCAGGAGCCAGUUAAAUCUUUCCUGCUGCCAAGGGGAGAAACUGCACCAUCCAUGUCAGCCAAGUCCUCAUCACAGAAAUCAAAGCGAUUUGAAUGUUUUUGUAGUCGCUCAUGAGGACUAUCUGUAGAUUCUAAUGGGCCACAGUAACACAGCAUGGUCCCAUUUUUUCCAACUCAGGGAAGAAAAUGUAGGCCACACUCAAAUUUCUGAAAACAUUCAGCUUGUCCUUAUUAAGUAAGACUUUUUACAGGUAUAAAGACAGAAGACAUGAACCUGAAAACCUGAAAAUGUAAAAGGAAGACAGGAGAUUUAAGAGAUAGAUGUGGAAGUUUGGAUUCGGGUUUAGAAAAGACUUGAAAUCUGUUAAUAUCCAAAUCUUGUUCAUUACAGUACAUACAGUGCAAAAAUAUUGACUCGUCCUCAUUUCUUUAUAUAUUGUUUCCAGUGAAUUUCUUGUCAUUUUGUCAUUGUUCAAGUGGUCUUUAGUAAUAGUUCUAUAGGUUUUCUGAAAGUCUAUCAAAGUUUUUCUUUGAACAUUAGCAGUGUGGGAUCAUUUUGACAGAGAAUGGAACAAAGGCAGCCAACAUCCAAAGACCUGUGAAUGUCCUUCAAGAAGCCUGGAGAAUUAUUCAUGAGGAAUUCUUAAAGAAAUGAUAAGAAAGUUGCCUAAGACAUUUUUGAAGAACAAAGGUGGUUUUACAAAAUAUUGACUUUCUGGCUUGUUAAAAUUGUACAACCACCUUUGCCUUAUGUGCCAUAUUUCCAGUUUGUACAUGUUUUAAAAAAGUAGCUUAACCUAAUUCCCAUUUUCCUAGAAAAUGGGAAGAAAUGAGGGGUAGAUGUUUGCAUAGUACUGUAUUGCAAUUAGUGGUUUCAGUGUUUUCUGUGCAGCAUUUCAUCUAUUUUAACCUCUUAAGCCCCAACACCCCGGAUACAGGGGCAAAAGGCAGGAGAUCGCAUUUGGGGUUAGGCGUUGGGGCUUAAGAGGUUAACCUGAUUUCAGUUCUCUAACAAACUGGGCAAUAAUAUGUCUAUUAUUUAUCAUAUGGAAGCAAUUAACUCAUACCCCUAAGGUUUCGAAUGUAAUUUUCUGAAAUUAUCGGCCCUUUGUUAGUCAUUGGUGCUACUUUCGGUCAUUACACAAAUGUACUGUUUAUAAAGUGGGGGAAACCUGCAGUCAGGUGAGACUGAAGAAGUUACUUGGAUGAAAAAGGAAAAGUUUCUUCCUCUAUAAACACUAUGACCAGAUGAACCAACUUUCUGUGAUCCCCACUAUUAUUUGGUUAAAUGUCCCUUGGCAAGUUUCACUUCGGCCAGCUUCUUUUGGUCGCCACCAAAAAGCUUCUGGCUUGAGACUGUCUGGAUAUUUGACCAUUCCUCGUGAAGGAAUUGGUAGUUGAAGUUAGUGUAAAUUGGAUGGUUUCUUUGCAUGGACCUGGCUUUUAAAGAAUAGUACAUACAUUUUAAUAGGUUUGAACUUGGGGAUUUCAGAAGCCUAUUCCAGAAAAUGGAAUGGUCAGUCUAAAUGUUAGCCUGCUUUAUUCAAUAAUCUUUAUGGUCAGACGGGAUACAGUUGAAUGCCCCAACAGGAUAAAGAUCCCAAAGAUUCAGCAAAACUGUUUUUUUGGAAUAGCUGAAGGGUAACAUUAAGCUUCUGAAACUGGCUUCUGAAAGCUCCAACCUUAACUCUUUUGAAAAUUUGUGGCCCAUCAUUGAAAAAUAAAUCUUAACCAGGAAACCAACCAAUUUAAAUGAAUUAACAAUUUUGUCAAGAAAAAGUGGUACGAUGUCCAGCCCAGAGUUUAUUGAUGGCUACCAUAGGGUUUUGGUCAAAGUGGUACAUGCCGAGGGACAUUUAACCAAAUAUUAAUGGUGGUGUAUGUACAUUUGAGUCUAUAUGUACACUUUUGACCCCGUGUUGAGAAAAUCCAUAAUAAAUUCAAACUUUUUUUACCUAAUUCUUGUUUUUUAACAUCGUGUCCAUAGUCAGUUUCCCCCUGGAGAAAACAGUUAGAAGACAGCCCAAAAUCACCUACAUUUAACCAAACUGUAUUUCUGCAUUAGUUUAUUUCUUUUACUUGUCUAAAAUUGACAAAGUGCUGAUCAAGCAUACCCACAUGGGUUCUUAGCCCAUGGUGGAGGAAUACUCUGAUGAGGAAAGACGAGCUACAGUUUGAAUGUCACUGGGGUGACAGUCAGCUUCAGCCCAGAAAGUACAGCAGUAAAUUUUCACUUUAUGGAUAUGUCCUUUCAAACCACUGAUCAGACAUUAUGGCUCAGCACUGAGUACUGGAUUUGUACUUACUGUAGAAGGUUAAAUUUAAACAUUUAAUAGAACCUAUUUAGGAAAAUGAGAACAAAAUGUGACCAGGCAAAAAACAAAAAGAAAGAAUAUUAUAACACAGCUAUUCUGUUGUGCAUUUCCUCACUUUGUCAUAAGAUUUUCCCCAAAAACUAUCAAAAGAUGCACGCGCUUCAUUUGUGUUAAAAGAAACAAGCUAAACAUAAAUGUCUGGCUUUGCUACAUGGGAUUCAAAACCUGCAGCUGAGACCAAAAGUUAUUUAUUAAUCCCACUCAAUCACCACGUCACAUUGUCAUAUUGCCUGAUCUGCUCUGAAAAGACCUGUGAUUGUAGGUGAAGUUAUUUCUUAUUGAUAGUCACAACUUAUAAUACGCUGUGCAACACCUCAGCCACACUUCUAUGUGGCAACUGUGUGUACUAAUACUGUGGAUGCAGAAAGUCAGAGUGCGUGAAAAAGACCUUCACACUCAAAACAUUUCCAGCUACUGCAUUUUACUGCAACUCACUGCUCAGAUCAAAGUGCUGAUGAACAGAAAAUCCUUUCCUGCCAGUCCAUAUUUUCAUAUCACCUUGAAGUUCAGCCCUCAAAAUGUUUUGCAGAUAUAAAUAAAGUUGUGUGAACAAAUCAAUAAUUUAUAAAAUACAAUCAAACAAGCAUCAAGUUCAAUCCAGGCGCUCUCAAAAUGAGCAGUCUGCUGUCUUUUUUUUCUCACACUCUGUGGGAUCUUGUAAUGUCACGAAUGUGUGACUGUGGGCUGCCAUUUCAUCAAAAACGUGAAACAGGAAACUGCCAGUACGUGUGUUCAUGUGUGUGUCUGACUUCCCUUUGUAGUGUGUUACAUAACCUUUGUGCAUCCGAUCAUAAAAGAUCACAAUAUUUGUAGCAGCUAAUAGUGUAGACAGAAAAGUCCUCAUAGAGUAACUUGGAUAUAUCACUGCUUCAAUCUACUGCUUUCAUUUUGCUCGUGGGCAUUUGCUUAGUAAUGUCUCUACCUUUGUGGCGUUCGUUCUUCAGCUGAAGUUGCAACAGAGAAGGAGCAGAGAGGAGCUCGUCAGCCAGGGGAUCAUGCCACCACUGAAAACUUCAGCUGCCUUCCAUGAACAGAGAAGGAGCUUGGAACGGGCUCGGACAGAAGACUAUCUCAAGAGAAAGAUCAGGAGUCGACCAGAGAAAUCUGAACUGAUCAGGAUGCACAUCUUGGAGGAGCCGUUCCUUCCGGUCAAGCAGCUGAAGAAAGCAUGCCUCGCUGUUGAUUUGAAUGAUAAGAUUGCCCAGAGGCCAGGGCCCAUGGAGUUGAUCCAUAAAAACAUUCUACCCGUUCACUCCAGUAUUAAACAAGCCUUCAUAGAGACGCAGUUUCAAAGAGCCUCGGGAGAGAACUCUUCAUUUGAUGAGGACACUAAUGACAGUCUGUCUCCAGAGCAGUCCACAUCUGUCAGUGAGGAGGGUUGUUCGUUGGGCCUGGGACCUCUGCCCACUCCAAAGGAAACACUGACAGGCCAUGGCAUCCCGUCUCCUACACAGGUCCCACCUACAGCUCCUUCUGGGUCACCCAUUUCACUCAAGCUGACUAAUGAGACAGGGGCGUCAUCUCUCCUGAGGACAGGUGCCAACAAGCCACAACCCAAACCAAACUGUGACCGCUCUGGCCUGAGACACAAGAAAACCAAGGACAAACCAAAGAUAAAAAAGUUAAAGUACCAUCAGUACAUCCCUCCUGAUCAGAAGGGAGAUAAAGAGCCUCCUCCUCAUCUGGAUUCAUCCUAUGCCAAGAUCCUUCAGCAGCAGCAGCUCUUCUUGCAGCUCCAGAUCCUCAGUCAGCAGCAGCAGCGCUACCACACCAUCCUCCCUGCACCAACUAACAGAUCCCAGACAGCUCAGCAGCCAUCUUCCUCCUCUAAGUCUAUGCACACCUCCUCCUCCCCACCUCGACCUGCUGGUGCACCUUUAAACUUCUCUAAACAUUUCGUCCACACCUGUCUAAGUUCUGUCCCGCUAGGUGGAACCAAACCAGUGUCUCUGCCUCCAAACCUCGAUGAAAUGAAGGUUGCGGAACUGAAGUCCGAAUUAAAGCUGCGUAACUUGCCCGUCUCCGGCACCAAAAACGACCUCAUUGAGAGGCUGAGGACAUAUCAGGAAUUAAGCCGAGGCAGUGACACUACCUCCUCUCCAACAGCAGGGUGUACCACAGGGCCAGGGGCUGAAGGAGCAGGAAAAUCAUCCAAGAGCGCUGCAUUCAUCAUCACCAUGGGCAGCAGUGGGAGCCUAAAUGCAGCAAAACCUCAACAGUUCAUGACCUGCAAUGGGAGCCUUGCCUCUUCAGCUGUCUCCUUCAUUCCCUCACCGACUGCCAUGAGUCCAGAAGACACCAGUUUUAACAGUGACCUCUUAGGGGAGCUGAUGAGUUCACCUCUCAACCAAUUGAGCCUCCAGCCAUCUUCAGUUGCUCAACUCUCCACAAACAUUAAAGAGGAGCCUCGAUGCUCGACUCCCGCUCCUUGUCAAUACUCUUUAAAGUCUGCCUCUCUUCAAAGACGCUCCUCAGUAUCUUCAGGUGUCCCAGCCACUACGAGCACAGUUCCUGUACCGAGUGUUGAUAAAGACAGAUUGCUGCAGGAGAAAGAUAAGCAGAUAGAGGUGCUGACCAGGAUGUUGUGGCAGAAACAGAGAUUGGUGGAGGUGCUAAAAAUGCAGCUGGAAAAUGGAGACAGAGGAAAGGCUCCAGAGCCAAUCAGUCCUCUCGGGGUAAAAGAAGAACCUCUCGAUGAGCCCGAUGUUGCCUUCUCAAUGGACUUUGAUCAAUUUCCAUCGCAAAAAUCACCUAUUUCACAAGAGAUGGAUAUUACCAAGGUAAUUGUGAAACAGGAAGUAAUUGAGGAAGAAGAAGUUAAACCUGAGAAAAAUUUCCAGUUCCCAAUCACUCAUGGAUUGCCGCAGUCCUCAACCCAAACACAGGAGGAGCAGCUGGCUCAACAACAUACCAUACAGAAAGUCCUGCUACAGCAGCAGCAGCACAUCAUCCAGAAUCAGACGCUGGAGAAUCAGCACGACCUGCAGAAACUUUGUCAGCAGAGAAAGAAAAAAUCUCAAAACCAGCAAAAGCAGCUCCUGCUGCAGUCACAACAGCAGCAUCAGCAGUCAAAACACGUGCAACAGAUGCAGCUGAAGCAACAGCUUCUGCUGAAGCAACAAAAGUCGCACAUGUUGCCACAGCAAAUGAAGACUAAACAACAGACUAAACAGCUACAGCAAAUCCAGAUUCAGACCAAAAUACAGCUGAAGCAGCAACAGGUGCCCAAACAGCAGGUGAAGCAGCAGCAGCAGCCAUCUAAGGUGCCUCAAGCAUACCUGAAACAGCAGUCAGGCUCAAGUGCCUCUUUCUCAAUGGACCACCUUAAGAUUGACUCCACCCCAACCCUGGUCACUGACACCAACGGUAACCAUUUUCUGAUCGCGCUGACCAAUCACCUUACUGGAAACAAAAUAAAGGACCCUGCUGAGGGAAAAGCAACCAAUCACAUUACACUGCAGCGACUCCAGUCUACUCCAGCCAAACGUCCAGGCCACAACCCUGUUAAGCUGACCAGAGCUGAUAGUAAAGCUCAGCAAAGCAUGCAAGUGAAGUUUGUGAAAAAGCACACUAAGAAUGGAGUACUUCAAGUGUCUGUAGAGAAACCACACCAGGGCACAGCUCAGUGUUUGUCAGCACCUCCCAGUCUACAGCCAUUCUUCAGGGACCAAGAGCCUGCUCCCUCAGGAAAAAACACCCCUUCAUCUCCUUCUCAGGGUGAGGUGUGCCCAAAUCUGGAGGACUUGUUUAGUCCUGUAUCUCCGGCUUCUGUUCAGACAGCAGCCUCAUCUCCCGAUGGCAAAGACACAGAUCAUGAAGAUGAUUUCAUUGACAUCAUCUUGCAGAGAGGAGAAACUUCCUGUAAGCCUCCACCAGACCUCUCUCUGAACCGCCUUAAUCAAGACUCCUCUGCUUGUUCACUUCCUCCCUCACCACUCCAGAUGUUGCUGCCCCCGUCUCCCCCCAUUCCGCCUUGCUGUGGCACUCCACACCCUGACCCCUCUUUGCAGCCUGAGCUUCAAACUGUGGCCGACACCACAGGACAGAAACAACACCUUAGUCAUGCUGAAAGUGGGCGCCUUGAGGACUUCCUUGAAAGCACCACUGGAAGGCCUCUUCUCGGGGUGGAGCCCGGAGGUCUACUUAGCUUGAUUGAUGACCUUCACAACCAAAUGCUGUGCACUUCCAGCAUUCUGAACCACCCCCUUUCUCCCAUGGAUACCUCAGACACGGCGUCAUGGGAGCAAGGGUUGGACAGUAUGGACUGGUUGAAUCUUACCACAGAAAGAGAUAGAGAAGAGGAAAGUCCAUCACUGGCUCUCCAAACUCCCCCUAGUGUCUUUUCCACAGACUUCCUGGAUAGUUCUGACCUGCACAUACAUUCGGAAUUCUCCCUAUAGCCUAGAGCUACUGGAAAACUGAUAUCCUAUGUAGAUGGGUGCAGUUACUCAUUAUCCAGUCACUUACACAUAAAAACAUGCAACUGAUUGCUGAGGUUUCAGUAUUUGAUUAGGGCACUUAGUCUCUAUGUUCUCAAACAUUUGGAUAUUGGAUCUUCAAGAACUUUGACCUUUGUUUAUUUGUUUAUAUUUUGCUGCACUGAUUUUGAUGCUCUUAUUAGGCAGGUCCUAUAUCUGUUAGUGCAUCUUUAGCAAAGGUCUUGUUGACACUUUUGUGCUUUUAACUCCAACAUAAUCCCCAAAAAUAUAAAUUACUCUUAUCUUGUCUUACCAUAGACACAGUGUUCAAGUGAAGAGGUAUGAAAACUUACUUGAUAUUUGUCUAAUGACAAUGCAAUCUCCUUGCUUGUAAUUUAAAUAGUAAUCAGUAACCAAAGUUAAAGGAGAAACUUUUAAGAUCGAUACCAAUAUUGGGUGAAUUUUAAAAUGAGAUAUUCUGAUAUAUCGGCUGAUAUUUUUUCUCCUUUCAGGCACAGAAAACACAAACAGAUUUCCUCGAUAGUUGCUAUGUGUAGUUAUUUAUUUACUUGUUUGUACACUGCCCAACUCUGCUUGGACUAGUGGGACACCGAUGCAACACUGAUGUUGCAAACACAUUUACUGCCAAAAGGGAAGUUGCAAGCGCCCUUUGUUGGGCAAACUAUGCAAAUUCAAACCCACAUAACAUGGUUGAAGGGUGUUUCUCCCUUCUCUUCUUUACUUUAAAAUUUUCAGUCAUCAGCCAAUAAAUGCAGAUACCGAUAGAUCAUCAAAUAUCUAAUGCUGGCUAAUAAUAGUGGGAUUUACAAUGACUGUAGCUCCAUGUUAUGGAAAUAACUUUGGAUAUUUUGCAGGCUACAGCUAUGAAAGUGUUACUACUGUAUUUAGUGCUAGUCAAACUUACACACAUUAUGUAUGUGCUACUGCUCUGGAACUGAACUCUGGAUUUUUCAAGGAUUCAUUCCCAUGAAAAAUCAAACUGUUGAUAUUUCACAAGCAUUUUCAUGCUAAUAUGUUAUAAGUGUUGUGGUACAGGAUACAUGUAUCUCCAGAAUUAAGUACAAAAAUCAUCCAAGCACAACAUCAAAACUUAGGUUCACAUUUAGCUUAUGCAAAAUGUUUGGAACAAUCAUGAAUUAUUACAUCAAAAUCAACAGUGUUACAAUAAAGGGAGUUUAAAGGCUGUAUUUGGCUUAAGUCCCACAGUAUAGUGGGGAAAACAAAAACAAUGACAGUGUUGGUAUUAAAUGUUGGUUUUAAAAACCCAGACUGCACAGCACUGUUUGCGUUUGAAUUUAUAAAACUAUGCAAAAAAAAAAAAAAAUAGAAAAUUGAUUGUGACAGGAGAGUUAUGGAAUGAAACUACUGAAAAUUGUUGAUUGUUUCAUUCACAGCCCAGCUUCUCCUAAAGAAAUAUUAUAUACAUUAUAUAGAAGAUUAACUGUAUGCCAAAGACAAAUCCCUGGUUUUGUCAGUUUUGAAUGUAUAUGGAACGUGAAAACUGAUAUGUGAGCUGCUGGUUCUUGAAAAUAAUGAGGAAAUAAACAAUAUAAUAACAAUGCCGCAAUUUAUUUGGCACUUUUUCAAAAGAAAAUGUUGAACUGAUCAGUGUUUUUGACAAUAUAAAGUGUAAUGCCCAGUGUUUUACUGUUUUGUUUGGGUUUAUUUUAGAGUUCCAAAAUGAUAUAAAUGUAAAUACAUGAAACAUUAUUUUAAAAAACUCUGAGCAUUUUAUAUUUCUGUUUAAUGUGUGAAUCUGUUGGUAUGAUAUGCUCACAGUGCUUCCUGUUUAUAUACUGUUUGGUAUUUAUGGUAUAUUAGUGAUCCCCAAAAGGACUGGACAUUGCCUGUAUUCAGCCGUCUUUAUGUUUGCUCUUGUUAUAAAUGGUCAAUGCACACGUGAUGAUGAAAGAGAAUAAGAUAUGAUAUAAAAGGAGAAACGCUUGAUGUCUGAUUCACUUAUUUUGAAUUCAAUUAUUCUUAAAGGAUUUUUGCAGUUAUUUUGUUUUUUACUUGUUUAGUUGUCCUGUACUGUAUCAGAGCUUUUAGUGCUGUCAUUUCACAUUUCAGACACUGAACACUUACCAUUUUAAGGCACAUUUGUUUCUAAUUUUCUUCUUUUCUUCUUGUGUAAUUCAGGUUUCUUGGUGCUGUUUGAUCAGAAAUUAAUUUGUCUUGAGAAUAACAACAACAACAAAACAUUUGAAGGCAAUGUAGACAACUAUGAUGAUAUCCAUGAACACAUAUGCUGAAUUUACCAUGCACAUGCAAUAUACAUGUCAUUACAUUUUUCAGUGCGUUACUAUUUAUAUUGUACUAAAUGUGUAAUGUUCUGGCUCCUAUGAAAGAGCUGCUACUGCAUUUUGAAUUUGUUUUACGCAAUACUAAUAUUUUAUAAGUGUUGUGGAAACUGUCAUAAGACCAUGUUUCCCCUGUGGGGAAAAAAUAUUUCAGGCAUUCUGUUGUAGGUGGAAGAAAUAUUUAUUGCAUCUUAGUGCCAAAGAAAGGACAGUCCCAAAGGCUACUCUUUUCUUUUUUAACUAUUCAUAUGUUGCUCUUUGUUUACUAUUCUUUUCAGAUGAAGAACUCGCUUCGUUUCAGCUUGUCUAAUCUUCAGGUUUCUACUAUGGAAGAAGAGUAGAAAGUGGGCAGUGGUCCUAAGGUCACACAUACAGUCAGGUGAUGGUGAUGCAAAGACCCUUUAGACCAGCGGUCCCCAACCUUUUUUGCACCACGGACCGGUUUAUGUCUGACAAUAUUUUCAUGGACCG